AGAGGCGGUAGAAGACCCCAAGUGUGAUGUGCAGUGCUGGUGGGCAGACCUGCCGGCUACCAUCUCUCUGUUUCAUGUACGAUCCACCGAAAGGGCCUGACUGAUGGUGUGCGGUGCUUACUGAUGGUAUCAUAGCAUGAGCGACACAUAAAUGUUGGGUGUAUAUGUGCUAUGGUCAUCUUCCUCCACAGAGAUGCCAAACACUGACUGGAGACCUUCCUUCUGUGAGAGGCAGGUGUACUGUCGAGUGGCCCUUCCAGAUCUGGCUCUCUUGGCUCUUCCUCCACACACACGACAGUGGAGAUCG